AUGGCGACUUCAGCAAGUUCCAACGAAGAGCAAAAGCCCAAUGCUGAGCUUGUGGCGAUUGCGGGCAUGGGGUGCCGAUGGCCCGGCGGCGUAGACUCGCCCCGGAAGAUGUGGUCCUUCUUGCGGAACCAAGGCUCUGGCUUCCGCCCCUUUGACUCCGCAUCUACGCCGCGAUGCUUCUCAGCCGCCGGGUUCCACCACCCCAAUCCGGGGCGGCCUGGCACGACGGCCACAGAGGGUGCGUUACUCGUCGACGGCGAUCCACGGUUGUUCGACCACGCCUUCUUCGGCAUCACGGGACGCGAGACUGAGACACUCGACCCUUCGCAGCGCAAGCUGCUCGAAGUGGUAUAUGAGGCGUUCGAGAAUGCCGGUGAGACGUGGGCUUCCGUCGCUGGAUCGAACACGGGAGUUUUCGUCGGAAACUUCGCGCUAGACCAUUGGACAAUUCAGACGCGUGAUUGGGAUUAUCCCAAGCCGUAUUCGACAACAGGGGCGAGCGCGAGCGUAUUGGCAAAUCGAAUCAGCCAUAUUUUUGAUUUGCGAGGACCGAGCGUCACCGUUAACACGGCUUGUUCUUCGUCCAUGUACGCAGUGCACUUAGCUGUCAGCGCGAUCCGCAACGGAGAUUGUGACUCGGCUAUCGUAGCAGCAUCGAACUGGAUCGCGGAUCCUAGCCUACACCUCGCACUCGAUAAACUGGGAGCUCUCUCUCCUACCUCAAGGUGCCACACGUUCGACGCGUCUGCUGACGGAUAUGCCCGUGGCGAGGGAUUCGCUGCGCUGUAUCUUAGACGGCUAUCGGUGGCAGUUACUAGCGAGUCACCUAUCCGUGCUGUGAUCAGGGGCACCGCCGUUAACGCAAACGGUCGCACCGGCGGAAUUACGCGCCCCAGUGCUGCUGGUCAGGAGGCUGUUAUCCGUAAAGCAUACGAAAACGCCGGGCUCCCGUUCUCGGAUACCACGUAUAUCGAGUGUCACGGUACGGGCACCCAAGCAGGAGAUCCGAUUGAGUUAGCGGCCGUAAGCCAGGUCUUCUCGUCUGGUGGGGGUCCAGAGGCAGAUAGUCCCGGGCCUCUAUUCGUCGGCUCCGUCAAGACCAAGAUGGGUCACGCCGAGGGGGCAAGUGCUCUGGCGGCCAUUAUGAAGAUUGUGCUCUCUCUAGAAUCAGGCGAGAUCCCGCCAAACGUUGGUGUUAAAGUAUUAAAUCCAAACAUUGAUUUUACCAAGGCUGGAAUGGAGGUUGCUAAGGAGGUUAUAGCUUGGCCCGAACACAGACCCCGUAGGGCUAGCAUUAACUCAUUCGGCUUUGGAGGCGCUAAUGGUCACUGCAUUAUCGACCAUGUCAGUGUGCUCUCUCUCGAUCGCGUAAGAUCUAGUCUUCGUGUGAACUUCAAUUCUGAGGCCGAUGGUCACACCCUCGAUGGUCAUGGUUAUGGUGCAAUCCAUAAUGUCUAUAUGCCCAUUGAUAACCGCCGAGGUCUCAACGGAAAUGAAGAACAGAAUCGGGAAGAACGAAUCCAUCACCAUCAUCCUAUCAUCAACGCUCCGAGCAUGACAAGGACUACCAACGCGACUACUCGGCAACUCGUGUUACUCCCCUUCUCCGCACAUAACAAGUCUUCUCUUCAGCUUAAUAUAGACGCCCUUUCGCUUGAUAUAUAUCAGCAUCGACUUUCAGAUGUGGCUUACACACUCAGCGCCAAGCGUUCCAACCUGUCAUAUAGGACCUUCCGCGUCGUGAACAGGGACAAUCUCGUUCCGGGUUUACUCGGCGUGGAAAGCAAGUUAGGCAUACAAACAAGCCCAACCCAUCAACAAGAUCAGCGGCUAGCAAAUGUAGCAUUUGUGUUCACCGGCCAAGGAGCCCAAUGGCAUGAAAUGGGUCUGCAACUUUUCGAGUACCGCGUAUUCUGCACCGCUAUCGAGUAUCUCGAUUAUAUCCUAAAGUCACUACCGAGGCCUCCGUCUACAUGGUCAAUCAUCGAGGUCCUUAAGGACAAUUGUGACCCGGGAAUUAUACAGACGCCAGCGGUAUCCCAGACCGUCUGCACGGCAAUCCAGAUCGGGCUAGUUGACUUGCUCGCCUCGUGGUCUAUCCGCCCCGUUGCCGUGGCCGGCCACUCGUCGGGCGAGAUAGCUGCAGCGUACGCUUCAGGACACGCUACGGCCGCAGACGCCAUCGUAGCGGCGUAUCUACGUGGUCAGGCUAUCAUGAAUAAUAAGCAGGAAGGGGUAAUGCUGGCCGUAGGCCUCGGGCCGGACCAGCUUCGAGAUUCGGGAUACCUACAUGAUCAGAAUCCUAGAGAUGGUCAAAUGCAGAUUGCCGCCGUAAACUCUCCAUGGAGCGUCACCGUGUCCGGGGAUGCGCCGGCUGUCGAGGCGCUUGCUGCCCGUUUGAGCGUCGACGGGAUCUUCAACCGUUUAUUGAAAACGGGAGGCAUCGCGUAUCAUUCACAUCACAUGAUUGCGCUGGGUCAGGAGUACGAAGAGAUGCUUUUGCGUGGAUUCCAGCAUAUAAGGCAGUCCGGGUUGGUUGACGAGCAGAAACGAUAUCCUCGUGUUCCGUGGGUGUCGUCCGUUACCCCUGAGAAAGAUCCACCAUCGAGUAUCGCUAGUAGUGCUGCGUACUGGAGAGCCAACCUCGAGUCACCAGUUAGAUUUUCUGAUGCCGUUUCAAAUCUGAUCAGACAGAACGCAGACUGUGCGCUUGACCAUGACCCUAUCAAAGUACUAGUUGAGAUUGGGCCUCACUCAGCACUAAAAGGGCCACUAGAGCAGAUCUUGAAAAGUAUGAACCAGACCCAGAUUGCGUAUGCCGGCUCUACUUUGAAGAGAGGCGAAGACUCCCGCAAAUCGAUCCUUCAGCCCGUUGGGGCACUCUAUUGUCUCAACGCUCGGACUAAUCUGGUUGCCGUCAACGCGGUCGACAACGACGAUGGCCGCUUGUAUGGAGACGAAUUAAAUGAUAAAUAUGAUCUCAUUCAUGGGUGCACCGCGGUUGACCUCCCGCCAUAUCAGCAUACAUAUGGGCCAAUAAACUAUUAUGAGUGCCGCUCAAGCAAAGAAUACCGUCUCCAGAAAGUCCCACGACACGACCUACUCGGUUCCAAGGUCCCCGGCGUUGCGAAGUUAAGACCUCAGUGGCGGAACGUCCUGCGUGUGAAGGACUUGCCUUGGCUAAGUGACCAUCGAUUAUUGCCAGAUGCGGUUUUCCCUGCCGCAGGGUAUAUUGCCAUGGCUAUAGAAGCCGCACUGCGUACUUAUGAGGAGUAUCCCCAACCAUGCCCCAAGCCGACGGGCUACGCGCUACGCAAUGUUUCGAUCAACACGGCCCUAAGGAUACCGGAAGAUGACGAUGGCGUUGAAGUCAUUUUAAGUAUGGAGCUCGACGCUGCUCCGACGGCAUCGACUUCGUGGGCACGCUUCUCCAUCAGCUCUGCCGGACGGGCUGAUGUCGAUUCCAUCGAUAGUACGUGGACUGAGCACUGCACCGGGGUUGGCAAGGUAGAAGGCGGAAGCUUGUAUGAUAAGGCCGAGAAGAUCGAUACAUCAUCCAUGGAUGCCCGCCUAAUCGAUGCACGGUCGUGGUAUAAGACCUUCGCAGCUAUCGGACUUGGAUACGGCUCUACAUUCCGGGCAGUCACAAACAUUCGUGCCGACCCAGAUAUGAAGCUUGCCUCCGCCACCGUAGCGCUCAACACUACGAAAGGUAUAGUCCAGGGGGGCGAGUCAAGAUAUGCAAUUCACCCGGCAGCUCUUGACGCUGCUUUUCAACUCGGGCUUAUUUCCUGUUACGGGGCCAAUGGGAUCAACGACGGAGAUCGUGACGUCGCCGAGACCGUCGCACUAGGUGAAUUCCGCGGCCUCAGGGGCGCGUAUAUAAACCAGUUACAGAUGCUAGGACAAGACGGCGAUGUGGUUCUCGAUAUCGAAAAACUCCGGUGUAUCAGCUAUAUUGGCGAGGCACAGAUCAGCGAUCAGACUAAAAGUGGUACGCAGCCGGCAUUCAGUGCCCCUUUUGCACGGAUGGUAUGGAAGCCCGACUUUCGCUCCCUGAACUACCAGUCAUGUCGUACGCUAUUCCCCCCGCCUAUGGAAAACGUAGAUCGUCUUGAUUCCAUAGAGAAGCUGAACAAGAUGGCCUGCGCCAUCCUUGUGGACGUGGAUGAAACAUUUGCGAAGGGCAACGAUAAGGUCAUACCAUCCCCUACACCGUCGGGGAAUGUAGGUCACUUUUUUGCGUGGAUCAAGCGGUGCGUCGAGGGAGCUGAAAUCUCCGGGAUAGCCGAGGCUAAACAACUGUCCUCCUGGGAGCGGCGUAAAACAAUUAACCAGCUCUACCUCGAAACCAAGGAGACCCCCGAGGCCCAGAUAGCCAAACGGUUACAUGAGAAUAUGGCCGAUGUUCUCUUUGAGCGCCACACUGGUAUCGACAUUAUAGUCCAUCGCAGCGAUAGUAUUAACCUCCUAUCGGAACUAUACCAGCGCGGUAUCUUCAUGACAAGCGCAUACCCGCAGCUCUCGCGAAUCCUAGAUAGUCUAGCCCACGCGAACCCGCACCUACGCAUUUUGGAGCUUGGUGCUGGGACCGGCGGCGCCACGCGUGUUGCCAUGAAGGCGCUCACGGGACCCAACAGUAUUAAGCGCUACCGUGAAUACGUCUUCACCGACAUCUCGCCUGGUUUUCUAGCUGCAGCACAGGCAUCUAUGGUCGAAUUUCACGAUAUCAGCUACUCUGUCCUGGAUAUAGAGGCGGAUCCCGCAGUGCAGGGCUACCUGCCUGUAUACGACGUUGUUUUGGCCUCGCAGAUUUUGCACGCAACGGCCAGCAUCUCGGAAACACUCAAAAAUUGCCGGAAACUUCUCAGGCCGGGAGGAAAGCUUCUAUUGGUGGAGACCACCAAAACGGACAGCGUAAUCAUCGGGCUCAUCUCAGGCACAUUGACUGGAUAUUGGCACGGAAUACCCGACGGUAGGGUAAACGGCCCAUACGUAAACUUGGAAACGUGGGAUCAAGCCCUAAAAGGGGUGGGCUUCUCCGGUACUGAAAUGGUGUUGGAUGACUACCCUCGGCCGAAUAAUGUGACAACUACCCUAGUCUCAACGCUUAUGGAGAUUGAUAGCGCACACUGGAAGAAUAAGAAAACAAACGGAAUCUUAGCAGGUACCGAAGUUCAACUUCUUCACAGCCUUAAACAAAAUCCGCCGCUUCUUAGUAGGCUCCAACAUGAGUUAGAACAGUGUGGCAUAACGUCCCGAACCGCAUCACUCGACCAAGCGUCAAAGAUAAUAUCGCCAGACGCCCACGUAGUGGUUUUCCUGGACGGCGAGAAAGACUUUCUUCUCGAUACCGAAGGACAUCACCUUGCCACGUUUCAACACCUCGCGCGCAAUGCAGCAACCUUGAUCUGCUUAACGUUCUGUGGGUUUUCAAGAGGUCGAAACCCCGAAGGAGCGUUAAUCCCCGGACUAUUACGGACGAUUGGGACAGAAAACCCUGCGAAUCGAUUUAUCUCAAUCGAUAUUUCUGUCGAGGAUUCCGGUCUUGCCACAUAUGACUCUGGAGAUCUCACUCGCUGCGUAGUGGACCAACUUUUCCCGCUACCUAGUGAACUUCAAGAUGACGAAGAGAGUGAAGAUCUUCGAACGAACGACUGCGAGUACGUCUGGCAAGACGGCUGUCUCUGGGUCAGCCGGGCUGUACCUGAUGACACUCUUCGGUCAUACGCAGAAACAUCUCCCAAUGAGAGCCGAGACCAAUAUAGCGAGACUUUGUCGUUGCAGCCGCUCGAUAGCCAAGGUCCCAUUCGGGCAGUAUUCUCUAAGCCUGGCCUGCUCAGCUCUUUAUACUAUCGGCCCUACAAAGAGCUAUUAUCACCAAUACCAUCGAAUUACAUCGACGUCAAAGUUGCAGCAGUGGGCCUUAACUGGAAGGAUCUCGCCAUCUCGUCUGGCCAUUUUGACGCCGAAAAUCUGUCGUCUGAAUAUGCUGGCAUCGUGACGGCCGUGGGUGCCGACGCGGCUAGCUCGUUUUGCGUCGGCGACCGCGUAUACGGCGUGGGCCGCGGUCACUUCGGGAACUACACUCGUGUCCCGGCCGCGUUUGCGCAAAAGCUAAGCGCUCAAGAUAACCUCGUCGAAGUUGCGACUAUGCCCUUGGUGUAUAUGACAGCUGUUUACGCGUUUGACUACGUUGCUCGAUUACGACAGGGGCACAAGGUCCUUAUCCAGUCCGCCACUGGCGGACUCGGGCUCGCAGCCAUUCAACUUGCGCGGGCGAAGGGUGCCGAGGUCUUUGCCAUGGUGGGCACGGUAGAGAAGGCGGAUUUUUUAAUCCGAGAGAUGAAACUACCAGAAUCGCACGUCAUUGCCGUCGCAUCAAGAGACAGCGCAUCUGCUCUAGAUAAAAAGCUCGCUCGUAUGACGCCCCACGGCCGUGGCUUCGACAUAAUACUUAGUACGGCUCGAGGAGAUGUAUUGCACGCGUCCAUCGAAGCACUGGCACCGCUAGGUCACCUAGUCGAUGUGGGACGUACCGAUGUGCAGGAAUCCAAGGCUUUAGGGAUGGAGCUUUUCGGCAAGAGUGCUAAUUUCUCCUCGUUUGACCUCUCACUUGUUCUCGACGCUGACCCCGCGCUCGGCAAGGAGUUAAUGCAAGCCGUCCAUAGAUAUUAUCGAGAUGGGCUUAUUAGGCCCGUUUACCCAUUCUCGGCCACUGACGUAUCCAAGCUUGACCAGGUCCUGUUAAGGUUCUCUAAGGGUACGCAUCUCGGUAAACUGGUGGUGACGUUUCAGGAUCCACAGACACAGGUUAAGAUGCUCCCAAUAUCGUCCCGGCAGCAUGUCCAGUUCGACCCCGCGGCAUAUUAUAUCGUAGUGGGAGGAUUCGGUGGCCUCGGAAGAUCCAUUAUCAGAUGGAUGUGCCAACGCGGAGCUCGCAACUUGGUAGUCUUAUCCAGACGUGGAUUAGAGAAAAGUUCCUCUGCAGCACAAAACCUCGUAAACACACUCGGUCAACGUGGUAUCAAUAUUCAACCCUUGACAUGCGAUAUCAGCGACCGGUCUCAAGUAACGCGCCUUAUAGAAAAUAUCUCAUUAGUCUCCCCAAAUACCCCCGUCAAAGGUAUUAUUCACGCCGCUGUCUCCUACCUCGACCUCUCUUUCGAUAAACUGACCGUCCAGCGAUGGCGCGACAGCCUAGCUGCUAAGGUUCAGGGGAGCAAGAAUCUGCACGAAGCGACCCUAUCUCUCCCCUAUGGACAGCUAGACUUCUUCGUCAUGAUCACCUCACUUGAGUCCAUCUGCGCCUUGGCCACGCAGAGCGCAUACACGGCCGCCAACGCAUUCCAGGAUUCAUUUGCGAAGUACCGCCGACGUCUCGGCAUGCCCGCAACGAGCAUAUCAUUAGGAUUAGUUAAGGGUAUCGGCGAGCUGGGUCAGGACUCCAUCGCAGUGGAUAUGUUUGCGCGGAACAAGGGUCUGACGCUCUCUGAGGGGGAGUUCCUUGCCCGGCUAGAACCGGCAUUUCUCAACAAUGGCCUGGCCAGCAACAGUGGCGACGAUGAUGGCUAUGGCGACAACUGGAUUGGCCAAGCCGAGGACCCGUCUUCUGCUUCCAAUAUCCUCACUUGUAUAGACCCGGCUGCAAUGGCGGCUAUGGAGCGUGACGAGGACGAAGCACGAGACGCAGACCCGGCCCGGCCGUCAAGGAGAGCCAUCCCUCGCUGGUAUGGCGACGGACGCGUUUCGCUAAUUAUACGCGCUUUCGAGGAUGCGCGACGAAACCAACACAUAAAUAAAUCUUCGGACACCGGGGCGGCAGCAGCGCAAGGAGGAGACGAUAACGCCAGUAAGUCAUCCAUCAGUCGCAUCCGCCGGCAAUUCGAUACAGAGGUCACCGCAGAGGCCCCGGAACGUGCCAAAAUAGUUGGAUUUGUCACAAGCGCCAUCUCGACGGCCGUAGCCGAGAUGCUCUUCGUAGACGUCUCGAACACUAAUCCGGGGCGGUCUGUGGCUGACCACGGCGUCGACAGCCUGAUCACGGCAGAACUGCGAAACUGGUUUCACCAGGCGCUAGGGGCGAAGAUAAAUACGCUGGAGUUACUGGACGCGAGGUUGAGUAUUGCGGCGCUGGCGGAUAGAAUUGUAGAUACAGCGUUAGCUAAGAGGCAUGAUGUACAAGAGGGUAAGUGA